UUCGGACCGCGAAACCUCUCGCUGAGUCCGAACGCUUGCUGAAGUCUUCGUCGGGGUCUCCUAUCCCGUCCCUUGGCGCGCUGCCCUGCUUAUUCCACCGUCAAUGGCGGGGGAAGCAACCCUGAGGAAGGCCAUCGGGGGCGUUCUCGGCUUCUUCAUCCUGCUCCUGAUCGGAAUCCUUGCCUUCUCGAUCCGCCUCUUCUCCGUCAUCAAGUAUGAGAGCGUGAUCACGAGUUUGGUCCAUACUUCAACUACAGAAUCACUCAGGCAUGCUUUUUGCCUCUAUCUGAUGCUAGCUCGUUCAUGGUUCUGCAUAUAGCAACAUCAGUUUAUUUUUCUGGAGUAAUGGUGCGCCUUAUGCUUGUUCUUGCUUCAGCUGCAUGCAUUAUGUCCGGGAUUGCACUUUCUGAAGCUUUUGAUGUCUUCACACGGUCAAUUAAACUUCAGCUGCCAAAGAUGUUUGAAAGUCCACCUUCUGGUGCAGGGGAUAUUAAUUCCAGUCAAGAUGUCGUAAAGGUUGAUACCAAGGCAGCAACGGUUAAAUCUGAAUCUGCACCAAAAGAAAGACCAUCAAGGAAGAAUCGGAAGAAAAAAAAGGAAAUUGUUGAAAUGGUUCCUAAUAGGCCUCUAAAUGCAGAAAGACUUCUGGUGCUGCCUUUGGAGGCAUCUGCGGUUGCCAUUCUUCUGUUGAUCAUACUUGGUGCCUUUUAUGUGGUUCACUGUGUAUGGGCAGCAGCAGAAGCUUAUUCUGCCCCAUCAAUUGUUCUAACAUCUCACUCGCAUGACGGUUUACAUGUCUUUGAUGAUUUUCGUGAAGCCUAUGCAUGGUUGAGGCAUAAUACUGAUGUUGAUGAUAAGGUGGCACCUUGGUGGGACUAUGGUUACCAAACAACUGCAAUGGCAAAUCGUACAGUCAUUGUUGAUAAUAAUACCUGGAAUAACACUCAUAUCGCAACUGUAGGUACUGCUAUGUCUUCUCCAGAGAAGCCAGCUUGGGAGAUAUUCAAUUCCCUGAAUGUCAAAUAUGUUCUGGUCAUCUUUGGAGGUUUGUGGAAACAGAUGGUAAAGGUUUUGAUAGAGUCAGGGGGACUGAAAUCGGGAAGAAACAUUUCAAGCUAUCCCAUUUUGAGGAGCAUCGUGUUACUUCACUGGCUGUUGUGGUUGGCGCAGGUGUUCACUACACAUCAUUGGAUGAAUUCCAAAGCGAACUCUACUAGCAAAUCGAAAAGGAUUGGUAAUAAUACAAAAAGGAAGAACCCCUGGCAGUGAAUUAAGUAAAGCGGAAUGACCUUCCAGCAUAGUGUAAAAGGACUUGCACAUGAAUUAUUACAAGAGUGAUAGAGCAGUUGAUAGCGGGCGGAUGCAUGACCGAAUACAGAGGUUGCGGGUCUUAUCACACCUUCCUAAUGUAUGUUUCUUUUUGCCUAAUUUUGUUUUACAUCAUCGCAUGUUUUAUUGGUCAUGGAAACCUGAAAUCUAGUCAUUUGUCAUGCGAUGUGAUUCAUCUGCGCAACCUUAGUGUACUCCGCCUUGUAACGAUGAUCGAUGCCCUCGAAAGAAAUAGCAGAAAUUGCCAUCGGCAACCUCA